AUGGAGCUUCUGUUCGGGGUGUUGCUGGGUUUGAUUCUGGUGGUAGCUUCAUCAGUGCAGAACAACUGUACCUGCGCGACCAACAAGUGGACGGCAUGUGCCCAGGACGGAUCUGGGAACUGCACCUGCACGCUGGUGGGUUCAAAUCACAAGGUAGACUGUUCUACACUGACUUCAAAAUGCUUGCUGAUGAAGGCAGAAAUUACCCCCCCGAAGAAGCGCUUCUGGGGCCAUCCCCCUGGGCUGUUAGUUAAUGAUGGCAUUUACAAUCCAGACUGUGAGGACAGUGGUAUCUUCAAAGCCAGGCAGUGUAAUCAAGCCGAUACUUGCUGGUGUGUGAACACUGCUGGAGUAAGAAGAACCGAAAAGGGUGACAAAAGCCUGAGUUGCGGAGAACUUGUUAGAACAAGCUGGAUCUACAUUGAGCUGAAGCACAAAAAAAGGUGCAGUGCCUUCGAUGUUCCUGCUGUAGCAAACGCCCUGAAACAUCUGUUUGAGAGCCGAUACAAACUGCACCCCAAGUACAUCGCAGACGUUAAGUAUGAUUCCCCACUGAUCCAAAUCCAGCUGAACCAGAAUGAGAAAUCUAGGUGUGAUGUAGAUAUAGCUGAUGUAGCCUAUUACUUUGAAAAAGAUGUAAAAGAUGACUCCGUGUUUCAUUCUAACAGAACAUUAACUGUCUCUGUCAAUGGAGAUGCUCUGGAUAUUGAAAAAAUAAGAAUUUACUAUGUUGAUGAAAAGCCACCAGUGUUUUACAUGAGACGACUGGUUGCUGGCGUUAGUGCUGUGGUGUCAGUGGUGAUACUGAUUGCUGGCUUUGGUGUCGCUGUGCUGGCUAUUCUGAGGUGGCUGCGGACAAGAAAAUAGGAGAAAGCUGAGAUUAAAGAAAUGGGUGAAAUAAAAGCACCAAGUUUACAGCUGCCCUGA